AUGGCUAGUAAUGAGAGUUUUUUAGUUCUGGUGCACUGCAGAGGGUCCAUUAAGAAGAAAACGCAAUCGAAAAUUAAAUUUACUAAUGAGGACCCGCUGAGUGUUUGCCUCAAACCUUCGACGAGUUUCACUCAGUUUCAGAAUACUAUACUCCAGAAACUGGAGUUGCAUGGCAUAAAACGGGUGGAGAAUUUAUUCUAUAGAAUCCCAAUUUUUGUGUUGCACGAUGAUGUGAAGUACGAUUCGUUCGUCAUCGGAAAUGAUAAAGAUUUACAAGUUCUAUUCCAUUGUCAUCGUCAUUUUCCAGAGGUGAGGACCCAUAAGUUGUUGGUGAAGCUUGUGGAUGUGGUAUGUAGUUCUGGAGGUUCAAACCAGAAUCCUCAAUCCUCAAGAAUGCCAGCCUGCUCUAGUUCCAUGCUUGUUGGUGUCUCGUCAGCUAUUUUGGUGAUUGUACCUAAGGCAGUUUUAGUUGCAUCUCCAUCCUUUGUAACUAAUCUGAACUGCAGUCCUCGCGGAAGAAUAGGUAAGACUGAACCAUUAGGUGAGGCUGCGAUUGCGAUGCCCAGUACUCCUAUUAUGGUCCCAGUUUUCAGAGAGGAUGGAGUACCGAAUGGCGUUGAGGAUGUACUGCAUGAUGAUGAUGAUCAUAUGGAGCCAGCCAUGAUAGCUGAUGAUAGUAAUGAUGACAUAGCAAGGACUACUCCAGUUGUUAGUGGAAGAACAUCUAAUUUAGGAACUCAUCAGUACCCUCCGUAUUUUUCAACUUUGGACUUGGAUGCCAUGGGGCAGCAAGGGGAUCCGGGAGUACUUGUUGGUUUCGGGGCCAAAGAUACACAAAAUACAGUAACUGUAUCUGAAUUCCAAGUUGGUCAUCAGUUUCAGGAUAAAGAGGAGAUCGUAUUAAGCGUGAAGACUUAUAGCAUCCGCUGUGGGGUUGAGUACAAAGUGUUGGAAUCUGAUCAUCGCAAGUACUAUGUCAAGUGCAAGGAGUUCUGCAACAGGUGCACAUGGCUCAUUCGGGUUAGCCUCCGCCAGCACAGAGGUAUUUUGGAGGUAAAAUGGUACAAUAGUCUACAUACUUGUCUAGGCACGUCGAUAUCUAGUGAUCACAAGAUACUUGAUUAUCAUGUCAUAUUGGCCUUCAUACUACCCAUGAUUAGAGCUGAUGCUGCCGACUCGAUCAAGGUAUUGCAGAAUGCACCAGAGGCACACAUCGGGUUUAGACUAACUUACAGGAGGGUUUGA